AUGUAUGGGAUGUCCCAUUUGGUUCAUUUUUCAACCGAUUCCUGUUGUAAGAUCCUAGAAAGUGGCGUUCUUGCAAAACCCAGAAGCGUCUCUAGCGGAUUCAGGCUUAAAAAUGCCACACAGAAUUGGCUUUUGAUAAGAGGUAGAGCCUUUUCGAGUUGGUCUGGUCAGAAAGUUAAUGGAGGGAGUAGUGUGGCAAGAGCUGGUAAAAGACUCCCGUGGUUGCCGGCAAACAAAACCAAGGGAGCAAAAGGAUUGGAGAAAGCAACUACUGCUAAGACAUCUAUUUCUUCUUGGGAGGAAUCUGCUAAGAGGUUAGAGGAAGUUAAUGAUAAUGCUUCUUGGGGAGAAUCAGCAAGGAGCUUGGAUGGAGACAGUAGUAAGUCCUCUUGGGACAAAUCAGCAAAGAGGUUAGAGGAAGAACCAAAGUUGAAAGCUGGUCGUUCUUCUUGGGAGGUGUCAGCGGAAACUUAUGUUAGGAGAAGUGGCCCAUCAGAAUGGGGGAGAAAAGAAAGUAGAACUGGAAUGGUAAGUAUGGCACAUGACCGGAAAAGUGAUUACCGUGGGAGGGAGAAAAGAUUGGAGGAAGCCGAGACAGAAGGAGAUGAAAAAGAAGAAGAAAUGGAGGCUGUUGAUGAUCCAAGGUGGGAUCGUAUUCAAAACAAGUUCAGGGGAAUGGAAGAUGUUAAAUCUGGACGUGAGAGACCUGAGUUUCGAAGGUGGAAUAGGCAGGAUGAUUGGGGUAAGAAGACAUGGAAAGAGGCUACAGAAUCGUCUGUGCCUAGGAUGAUUGGCCAAGGUGUUUAUGGUGUUGGUCCAGUUUUGGCUGCUUUGUCCGCUGGACGAAGAGAAUUUUAUGCAUUGUAUAUUCAAGAAGGGUUGGAUUUGAGCAAAAAUAAUAGGAAGAAGAAGGACAAGAAGGGAUUUGAGAGAAUUUUAAUGAUGGCUGAUAAGCUUGGAUUAAGCGUAAAGGAUGUGUCCAAGCAUGAUCUUAAUAUGGCUACUGAUAAUCGACCUCAUCAGGGUCUGGUGCUAGAUGCUUCUCCAUUGGAGAUGGUAAAAAUUAAGGAAUUGGACCCUGUUUCAGUUGAGGAAGAUAAGUGUUCUCUUUGGGUUGCUUUGGAUGAGGUUACAGAUCCUCAGAAUUUGGGGGCAAUCAUCAGGUCUUCUUACUUCUUUGGAGCUUCAGGGGUGGUGUUAUGUGCCAAGAAUUCAGCCCCGCUUAGUGGUGUUGUGAGCAAAGCAAGUGCAGGCUCACUUGAGCUAAUGGAGUUGAGAUACUGCAAGAAUAUGAUGCAGUUCCUAACAUCCUCGGCUGAAAAUGGUUGGCGAGUUCUUGGAGGUUCUGUUUCUUCCAGAGCUAUACCUUUGAACGAGGUUGUGCCUAGUGUGCCAACAAUUCUUGUUCUGGGCAGUGAGGGCACCGGGUUGAGGCCUUUGGUCGAAAAAUCUUGCACCGAUUUGAUUAGAAUCCCGGGAAAUAUUCCUGUGGAUGUAAGUGCUGGUGGAGCUGAUGAUAUUGAAACUGGGGAAGUGAGUCAUGGGUGCUCAGCGGAAGAGUUCCGAUCAUUUUUGGCUGUGGAGAGCUUAAAUGUCAGCGUUGCAGCUGGUGUGCUUCUUCAUCACUUAACGGGAAACAAUAACAAGAAAGAUGGUCAUGUCGUUAAUCAGCAGACUGGCGAACUUGAGUGA